GACGAUCCACUCUGUGGCUCUCUGCUCACCAGUGAUAACAUGGAGCUGCCGGUUCUUUGGCCCGUCCUCUUGCUGGGUCUUUCGGGAGCGCUGGCGCAGACAAACUUGGAUCAGAAGGUAUUUGUGUUCCCAACGUCUUCCACAAAUUCCUACAUCCAGUUGAAGCCUCAUCUGCCAGAGCCACUACGGCAAUUCACCGUGUGCCUCAGUUUCUACUCCGAUUUGUCUCGCGAAUUGGCCCUCUUAUCCUGCGCUUCCAGAAAUACCGACAAUGAAAUCCUCCUCUUAAAGUACAGCCCCACAUUGUACCAAGUGGCUGUGGGUGGGAACUUUCACUCUUAUACUGUGUCCGGGAGCACAGAUAGAGGCAGCCACUGGGAGAGUGUCUGUGUGGCGUGGAGUUCGACUACCGGGAUUGUUCAGCUAUGGAUCGACAGGAUGCCGAGGCCCAGGAAAGGCCUCUCAAAAGACUACGCGAUCACAACCGAUUUAGUGAUGAUGUUGGGCCAAGAGCAAGAUUCUUACGGAGGUUCACUUGAUGAAAAGCAGUCCUUCGUGGGGGAAAUAACAGACGUCUACAUGUGGGAUUCUGUCUUGCCUCCAGAACAACUGAGGAGCAUCUGGAGGAAGAUCGUGCCUGCCCCAGUGCUGAACUGGACAGCUCUGAACUUUGAGAUCAAAGGCUACGUAGUCUUGGAGCCCAGCUUGGAUUGA